AUGACUACGUUAGAAAACGGAGAAAAUUCCAAAGAUAUGUCAUGGGACAUUCGCAUCGUAGAAUUCAUCGAUAUGGUUUCAAAAGAUAUAUCGAAACCUACUGAACUAAUUAUUGCCUUAAUAACAAAAUAUUUUCCAGAAAAUGAAAUUGAUAUAUUUACACAAAUACCUGAAAGAUCUCAAUCUAUACUUAAGCGUAAUGAAGUAGAAAAAGAACUUGGUCAAAUUAUGAUCGAAGAACUUAAACAAAAUCUUAUUGAAUAUCGAGAUGCUCCGAGAAAUAAACAAUCAAAUUAUUUGACAAAUUUAAUCAAACAAUGCGAUACUUUUUAUAAAAAUUUGACUAAUGAGAAUAAGGACAAUUUAAAUUUGGUUACUAUCGCUAUCACUUAUUCAAUUAUGCAUCUUGUUAUUUUGAAAGAGAAAAGCACUUAUCAUAAGGAAAUAUUCAAAUCUUAUGAGUCAGAUUUACGACAAAAAGUCAAAGGUUAUAAAAAAUAUUUUUUAGAAAUAUAUUCUAAAUGGGAAAAUUGGCGUCAAGAUUAUAUUGAAAUAAAAAUUCCUAAUGAAGUUUAUGAUAACCUUCUUGGUAAAAAUAUUACUUAUGUAAACGCAGAAAUCAAUCAAGCAGCAAAAUACAUUGAAAUGUGUAAACGAGUAAAAUUACGAUAUUUCAAUGAAGCAAAAGCCGAGUUUAUGAAAAUGUAUAUGUAUACAUUUGCAUUGGAUAAAUUCUUACCUAAUAAUUCGAAUGCCCUUACAAUCGCUCCAAAUCGAAAAAUUGGCACAAUUGUUUAUGGAAUUUAUGGUAAAGAUACGUAUCCAGACGGUAAUCUCCAACUAAAAGAUCAUGAUAUAUUACACCAAAUGUAUAAUGAUAAGCCUGGUGUCAUUACUGGUUUGAACGUCCAUGCUGGUGAUGUCUUAGAUUGUCUAAAGGUUAAAUAUAAAAAUCAAAUUGGCACUACUCUCGGUAAUGAAAAGGGUGGUUAUGUGACUACUAUUCGAGGUCUUGACGAGAAGAAUAAUUAUGUGGUCGGUGUGAAUAUUUAUUUUCGUGUUUAUGGUAAUGAACGUGUUGUUAGUGGCAUUCAAUUUUUUAUGUCAGAUGGUCAAAUUUCAAAUAUUAUUGGAAAUGGUCAAAAAAAUCAAAAGACAUUGGAAGUCAAUUGUGGUCCUAUAGGCUAUAACAAAGAUUUCAAAUUAAUAGGAAUUCAAAUGGCAGAAUCAAAUACUAAACGUUAUAUCACUCAUAUUUCUUUUAUAUUUGAGCAUGUGCGUAUUGCAAAAUAG